UUCCAUAACCCCGUUGGUUACCACACAUUAGAAAAAAGAAAGAUAUGUUCACACUACAAUAGCCAACAAGGGAACUAAGACCUGACCCUACAGUGUAGUGAUGGGAAAAUCACUCCAAUAAUGAUUAAAGUCAUUCGACGUAAGAUUGGAAUUGUCUACAAAAGCUGAAAACCAAGCUAAAGGGAACUUGUUCUCACUCCAACCCCCACCUCCCAAAAAAAAAAAAAUGAAAACAAAAUGGAAGGAGAUUUAUGCCAUGUCCCUUUUACUUGCACCACUACUAAUGAUGCUGCUGUUUCAAGAGCUUAGCCCCCAUUAUAGAGUUGCUGCUGCUGCAGAUAACAGCUAUCAUGAGAAAAAACAAUGUGAUGGUUCAAUGGCAGAAUGUGGUGACAUUGAUGAAGAACUUCUUAUGGAAUCUGAGUCAAGUCGAAGAAUUCUGCAGGCUAAUAGAAUUAGUUAUGGAGCUAUCAGGCGUGAUUUACCAGCAUGCGGUGGUUCUGGAGGUCAGCCUUACAGCACGAGCUGUCUACCUCCGUCGUCGAAUCCCUAUACCAGAGGUUGCUCCAAGAUUUACAGAUGCAGGCAUUGACCCGCCAGUUAAUCCAAAUGAGAGCAUGAGGAAUAAAACACGUAAUUUUAGUUUGUGGUUUUUUUUUACUUCCAAUAUAAUUUUGCUCUCCGUUGCUUA